GUGGGUGUGGCUCAUAGAUGAUCUUGCAGUGUUGCACAACCGUAGGAAAUCAUCGCUGUGUAUAUGAAGUUGCUCAGCUGGCGCAGUUUGCGAAUACUAUUUUCGAAUACUAUCUUUUGACCAAUCGCCAUGGAAGUAGAAGACGAACUAGAAGCUCUAAAGGCCACUUUUACCAGUGAGCUACAGUGGCACACAAUGAAGCCAACUGCUAUUGGAGGCAACGGGGGCUACAGGCUAGACUUCAGCCAUGGCAGCCAAACGAUUAUGACGCUGGAACUAAAUGAUGAGUAUCCUACUUCGCCUCCUAAAGUCAUCAUUCCAGGCCACUUAGAGUCUCUUGGACUGAAGGAGCACGUCGUAGGUGCCAUCCCUGCCGACUCUGAGGGUAGCCCAAUACUCUACUGUCUUAUUGAUGCUGCUCGCCAGUGGGUGAGUGAUCAUCCUCUAAGCUUACAACCACAUCGACCAGUUGUAGCUAAAGACAAUACUAAUACACAAAAAGUACCUAUUUGCAAGUAUUUCCUUCAAGGAAAAUGCCGCUUUGGCGAAAAGUGCAAAAAUUCACAUUCAAGCGGUAGCUCUGCCUCCAAAAGAACUACUACAGCUGACCAGGCGAGUCACAGCGAUAAGAAAUCAAAACAAGAGGCAAGUAUCAAGCCUAGGAAGUUGCAAACAAAGGAAAACACUGAAACGGGUGAUGGUGAGAAAAAAGCACCAAUGCGAACUUCAGAAGAGGUCAUUUCACGUGUUCUGUGGGACCCUGAUCUUCCAUCUGAAGAAUUCAAGGUCGGGUACCUCGAUCGGUUUUUGGGGAUCAUGGAGAAGCCCUUCAGUUCCUUUAGCUGGGAAGAUUUAGCUACUGUGGGGAACAAUGUUCUGGCUGUGCCUAAACACAGAAUCCAGUACUUUAAGUAUAGGGAGGAGAUUGUGUGGGACAAGCGGUCUCAAUUUGACAACGUGUUUGGGUCCAGGGGAGGCAGAUUGAUCCAACACAUUGUUGCUGAGCAGCAAGAGAAGAAGGAUGAUGAAAACCUGAAAUCUGAGGUUAAUCAGUCCCGUUUAGAGUCUAAACUCAUUGAUGUCGAUGUCGAAGAAGAGGAUAUUGUAACUGGCUCUGAUAGUCUUUCACGUGUUCUCAUUGAUCGUAGUAGACCAACUCAUUUUGUUUGUGUUCGAAUCACUGAUUCCAAUGUCCAAAGUAAGGUGUCAGAGAUACAGGGUUACAUCACCAAGUAUACCCCCGCCCUGGCCGAUGCAUGUCUUCCAAUUCCUGCCCUGCAUGUCACACUCUGUAUGGUCCGGCUCGAAAACGACCAGCAUGUUGCCACUGCCCAAAAGGUCAUGGAGAAUGUCCGCUCACGGUUCAUCCAUGUCUUGCCACGCUCCUCCCACCUUACUAUCACAGGGGUCAGCAAUUUCCAUCAGAGAUUGGUGUAUGCAAAGGUGGCACCCUGCCCUGCCCUUGACAACUUUGUCUUUUUACUUAUCGAGCAAUUCCAGGAGGCAGGUCUUUCCACUCCUGGAAACUACAAGGAAUAUACAGCACACAUGACACUUGUAAAGCUCUCAAGGCCAAUGCAGCGGGAUCCCCACACAAGCAUGAUCACCCCCGCAAUGUAUGAACCUUUCACUGAUAUGGAGAUUGGGUCAAACCGCAUAGAAAAAAUGUCUCUCUGUUCCAUGACUGCUCCAAAACAGGCAGACGGGUUUUAUAUGCGGUAUUGUGAGGUUACCAAUUCCCUGUCUGGUUUGCCUCCCCACUUUCUUUCUGCUCUUGUGAAACGAGUUGAUUCAUUCAGUACAAGUGGUGUCAUAUCUGAAGAUGAGCAUGACAAGCUGGUUACGUCUAUUCAUGCUGGAAGUAACGGAGGAAAGGUGAAGGAAUUUGACAGUGCUGUGGACGAAAUCAUCAGCCUUGGACAGGAAGACACCACUUGUACAGCCCUAACAGAAUCCUCCAAAGUGCCAAUAGUAAUUGCAUUACGUGGUGUGCCUGGAAGUGGGAAGUCAUUCCUGACGACCCACUGCUCAGAAUACCUCACUGAUUCAGCAAGUGUAGCCAUCUGUAGUGCUGACUUUUACUUUAUGAAGGGUGGCGAUUACAAAUAUUCAACAAAGCUCCUACCAAUGGCCCAUACCUACUGCCUAGAUCUUUUCCUCCGAGCACUAGCUGAGGGGAAACAACUCAUAGUUGUUGAUAACACCCACUCGAGAAAGUGGGAGUACGAGAUAUACAGUUAUAUCUCGUCAAUUCUUGGCUGUAGAUACCACGUCCUUGAAAUUCCAUGUCCCUCACAGAAGACACUCGAAAGCUAUCGAUCUAGAAACCAGCAUGAAAUUGACGAGAAAACGGCACUGAAUAUUUUCAAGCGAUGGGAAGUGGACGAAACAACUUUACUUGUGCCGCCAUCUCUGGCAUACCCACGAAUGAUUUCCAACACUUCGCCAGUCUACUCGCUGGUAUCUCUGUGUUCCCCAGAUGCACUGGACAGCUCUGAAGCUCUUGCCCAGUCUACCACCCUCAAAGCUGUGUACACAGCAGUCUUCUUGACCCCAGAGUCCCAAUGGAGGCUGGUUUCAGCAGUAGCUCCCACUCAUCCGAGGAUUAGUGCCGACCAUGUCACUCUGGUCUUUGAACCGAGCAAAGAGUCCUGUCUGGAUGCCAACAUUGGUAGUAAAGUCUCACUCUGUGUAACAGGUACUGCUGACAAUGGCCAGGUGCAAGUAGCUGCAGUUGAGUUGCCCCGAGGCCUGACAUGCCAGAAUGCGGUGCCUCACAUAACAGUCUCUGCCGGAGAGAAUGUACCUUUUAAAGCAGCAAAUGAGUUACUAGAGCGGCAGCGUCCUAAGCCAGUUUAUCAAAACACUGAGCUUGAAGGAAUUAUUGGUAUUGCAGUUCGUGAGAAAAAUGUAUUUGAUGAACCCACUGAAUGUAAUUCUGAACCUUCAGCAAAAGCUCUUUCCGAGGAAGAACAUUAU